AUGCUUGGAGUCGUUUGGCCAAACAAUCACUGUGCAUUUCCAGAUUUCUUAGACCCAAGAAACAACACUCAGAAGUGGUGGAUCCAUGAAUUCGAGCAGUUUUAUGACAAGUAUCCAUUUGACGGUAUUUGGAUUGAUAUGAACGAACCAGCAAAUUUUGGUACCAAUGAGGGGCAUCCAUGGUACUUUGAUGACGUGGACCACCCGUAUCCCAUAAAACCCUUAUUCUGUAAUUUCAGCGGAACCUAUGCUAAGUUGGACAAUCCAAAGUACAAAACACAUAACGUUUACUACUAUGGAAACGCUACUGCAGGUUACAUUUCUGAUAAAACUCUUUGUAUGUUGGGACGUACCAACAACGGAAAUGAAGAUUUGUACAACACCAAAUCGCUUUAUGGCCUCUAUGAAUCGCGGUUAACUCAUUUAGCACACGAACAAGUGAUUGGUAAACGUGGGGCUAUCAUUACCAGGGCAAAUUUCUUGGGUACUGGUCGAUAUGCUGGUCAUUGGCUCGGCGACAACAGUGCAACGUGGGGUGACUUAUUAACAUCAAUAGUCGGUAUUCAGGAAUAUAACAUAUUUGGUAUUCCAUACAUUGGUGCCGACAUAUGCGGUUUUCAUCUGAACACUACUGAGGAGCUCUGUUUACGCUGGCAUCAAGCUGGAGCAUUUUACACUUUCUCAAGAAAUCAUAAUGGAAAGCCGUACGUACGACAAGAUCCUGCUCAAUGGAACACAGUGGCUGCAGCAGCAAAGAAGGCGUUACUUUUCCGUUACCGAUAUCUUCCAUACGUAUAUUCAUUACAUUUUGAAGCUCACUUGAACGGUGGAACCGUUAUUAGACCCGUGUUCUUUGAAUUCCAGAAUGAUCCUCAAACUCAUAAACUUGGAAUGCAGUUUAUGUGGGGUAACGCAAUGAUGAUAAUUCCUGUGUAUGAAAUGGGUAAAACCAGUGUCAGUGGUUAUCUUCCGUCAGCCAGUAAAUGGUAUUCUUUACGUGACGAAGAUUAUGGUCAGCAAAUUAUUGAUGGAUCCAAUUUGAGUGCUACUUGGCAGCAAAUGAUUCCAGUAUUUGCUCGCGGUGGUACUAUAAUACCGUCGCAAGAGCCAGCACAAACGACGAAUGUUUCGAGACAGAAUCCACUGAGACUUAUUGUAGCACUCCCUGAAAUACAACCUGAUAGCCUAGCUAUGGCGAAAGGAAUUUUGUACUGGGAUGAUGGCAUAAGUCUCUUGACGUCAAAUAAUUAUUGCAAAUUCGAGUUUACAUCUGUCACCAAGGGUGCAUUAUGGUCUUUAAUAGAAGUUAAAAGUGUUUUAACGGUAAAAUUUGAUUUUAGAAUAAGAAUGAUGUUUUGUUGUUAGGU